AUGCUAACGGCUACAAGAAGGAAGCAACUAGCUACUUUUACAGUAGUGAUGUAUAUUCUUACUAUUUCAGCUAUAAUCAACUCAUACAAUGCUUCAAGAACAUUUUUACAGAUGUCCUUAAAAUUAAGUAGUGGUGUGAAUCUAUUGAUUCUUAUGGUCUUUGGACUUUUAAACCUUGCAUUAAUAUGGAAUGUUAUAACAUGGAUUUUAUUUGGAGAAUUAAGACUUAUUGAACAAGAACAUAUCUUUGAAAGAGUUCCUUUCUCUGUAUUAGGAAUAAUAAUUAUGACUUCAAUGUUUUCAGAAUAUCAUUUAAUGACAUUAAUAAGUCUUUCAGGUGGAUUAAUUGCUUUAAAGAUUUAUCAUUGGAUACUUAAAGAUAGAUUGGAACAAAGAUUACAGGCCAUAAAUAAUGAAACAAAAUUUAGAAAUUUAAUCUUUUCGCAAUAUAUUAGAAAUUUAAUAAUAUUUUGUGUUGUAGAAUUUUGGGUUGCACAUUAUUUCUGGACAAAAUAUAUAUUCAGAAAUGAUUUAACAGAUGAUGAUGUUCAAAUUAUUAAUAUUGGAUAUGGUAUAGGAAAUUUUCAAGCAAAAAUUAAAGGUAAUUAUGAUAGUUAUAUGAGCGUAUUUUUAUUAUUUGGAAUGGAAUUUUGUGUCUUAUUCGUGGAUCAUCUUGAAUUAGCAUCUCAUACAAUAUUAAAUUAUUAUGAAUUUUAUCUUAAUGAUAGAAGACAACAACGCCGUCAUCAUAAUCAUAUAAGAAUUCCAACAGAAAUACUUUCUGAUACAGAUGAAUCAGAUAUUCAGUCCGAUGAAGAAAUAAAUGAUAACGAUGAUGAUGAUGAAGAUUCACCAGAUGACGGAUUAGAAAAUAAAUUUAUUUAUGAAAAAAUUAUUGAUAUUGUAUCAAGAGUAGCAAAGACUGCAUUACAUGUAUUAAUAUUAUGUCGUUUACAAAUUGUUGUGAUUAAAGAUAUAAUAUGGGAUUUAAUGUCUCUUUAUAAAGGUAUUACUAGUCUAUGGAAAAUUUAUAAAAAUAAUAGACAAUUAGAUGAUAAAUUACCAAAUAUUGAUAUUAUAGAUUUAAUGGAUCAUGAUAAUAUUUGUAUUGUCUGUAUGGAUGAUUUAGUAUCAAUUCCAUCAGAUAAAAUUUUAAAACAUGAAAAUGAUAAUGAUAAAGAAAAGAAACUUUUAACACAACUAGAUAUAGAUAAUAUUAAAAAAUUUAAAAGACCCAAAAAAUUACCUUGUGGUCAUAUGUUACAUUUAUCUUGUUUAAAGAACUGGAUGGAAAGAUCGCAAACUUGUCCAAUUUGUCGUUUAGCUGUCUUUGAUGAAAAUGGUAAAGUUAAACCAUCUAUUGUUCCAUUACGUCCAAGAUCAAAUAAUACUAAUACUAAUGAAACAGUCUCUCCUGCAGAUAUUACAACAGAGGGGCCAAGUUCGGGAAUAUCAACCAAUACUGACAUAGAAAUAAAUAUUGGUUCAUCACCUAUUGACAUUAAUGAUACACAACAUGAAUCAUGGUAUACAUUUGAUAUUAAGGAUAUAAAUAAAGAUGCUAAUGGACUUGGCGAAACAAUAAAUUUCACGGCAGAGACGAUACCACAUAUGAUUGGAACAUCAUCUGGCGGCAACCAAUUACCAUUAUCAUUACGGAUUAAACCAAGGGACAGAGAUGCUAACGGUGCCGUGAUAGUAAAAGAUUCUCAGAUCACGUUCCCACAUUCUAACUCAGAAAAAUAG